CGCUGACCAUUGGGGAACGGCAAGACGGAUAGGACCUGACAGACGCACUCGCAUAUUUUUUGUUGGGUCGGUUGGACAAAAAGUGCCGAGAAAACCUGGGAGACGAGCCAAACCUUCCCAGAUGUACCUGAAAACAGCCGUACGGUGGACGCAUUCUUCACAGGAAACUUGAUCCAGAGACAUUUUUAUCCCACAUCAGGUCAAUGUUGAGAAACAAAAGACAGACGAGUUUAAUCCACUUUGCCUGCUGUCUGAUACAAUAGCAAUCAAGACGUAGUGUAGGUAGACAAGAGACAAAGGCAAGCAGAGAGCAGAAAUACUCUUUAACGGUUAGCUGGAAGUUAUAAAGUGACAGACUCGACUCUCUCCACUGAUUUACUACAAACUGACACGUUAUAGUGGUGAGCUAAAAGGCUUCUGACACUUGUUGGCUUAGAAAGAAGCUUGUUGUAUUUCUUGCUUCAUAUGCCUGGUGGAAAACAACCAGUUUGCUUCAAUGGAGAACUGCAGCAGCAAAAGAACUCACUGUAGAGGCUGCCGUUACCUCAGCAACAACUGGGAGAUAGCCUAGCCUAGCUCAGCCCAGCUCAGCUCAGCACAGCCCUGCUAGCUCGUCCCUGACUCCUCCUACCCCAUCCCCCUUCUCCUGCAUCCCCACAGUACCCCUUCCCUCCACAUCUAACUUUCCCAAGCGAGUUGCCAUGGCAUCCGUGCGCUUCACCGUGACGCCCACCAAGGCCGAGGACCUCCCGGGGCUGUCCGACACGUCGCCUGACCUCAGCUCCCGCUCAGGGGCCCGAGUGCGCUUCGGCUCCAGGGAGAGCGUCAACCGGAGCGACCCGCUCAGUGAGUCGUUGGGAGGCGUGACGACAGUUGCCACGGCAGCAGGAGGAGGAGCUGAGACCCCGGAGCACAGCAGCAUAGAGCCAGGCGAAGGAAACUCCAAAAUCUCCAGCGUGUACAUCAACAACGCUCAUGGGGUGGAUGACGACGACUUCUAUGACAGAAACUUGGCCUUGUUUGAGGAGGAGAUGGACACUCGGCCGAAGGUGUCAUCUCUUCUUAGUCGUCUGGCCAACUACACCAACCUGACGCAGGGCGCCAAGGAGCACGAGGAGGCCGAGAGCAUCGGGGAGAAGAAGAAAGCCAGCAAGUCGCCACAGAUGGGCACGUUCAUGGGCGUCUACCUGCCGUGUCUGCAGAACAUCUUCGGUGUCAUUUUGUUCCUGCGGUUGACCUGGGUGGUGGGAACUGCUGGGAUCCUGCAGGCCCUGUGUAUCGUCUUCAUCUGCUGCUGCUGUACGAUGCUGACCGCGAUAUCGAUGAGCGCCAUCGCCACUAACGGAGUCGUACCAGCGGGAGGCUCGUACUUCAUGAUCAGCCGCUCUCUGGGUCCAGAGUUUGGGGGAGCGGUGGGGCUUUGCUUCUACUUGGGCACCACCUUCGCUGGAGCCUUGUACAUCCUGGGAGCCGUCGAGAUCCUUCUGGUCUACAUUGCACCCAAGGCGGCUAUUUUCGAAGGCGAAGGGGCGGCCAUGUUGAACAACAUGCGAAUCUACGGCACCAUCUUCCUCCUCUUGAUGUCCUUGCUGGUUUUUGUGGGCGUUAAGUACGUCAACAAACUAGCCUCCAUCUUCUUGGCCUGCGUCAUCGUCUCCAUCAUUUCCAUUUAUGUCGGCGCGUUGGUCUCUGCUUUCAAAGAGCCGCAUUUUCCUGUUUGCAUGCUGGGAAACAGAACUAUCAACAGCCACGAUGUUGCUGAUGACCAGUGUAACAAAACUGUCAUGGUGCAGAUGACAGACACAAUGGAGACCAACCUCACAGCAGCUUCCGUAGAAAACAGCACAAUGGGUCCUACCCUUUUCCCCACCCAGACCCUGGCUAUGAUGGAGAAGACCACGUUUCUUUGGGAGCAUUUCUGUCAGGGCCCAGAACUCAACGCCUCCUGUGACGAAUACUUCAAGUCCAACAAUUUUACAAAGAUUAAAGGGAUCCCCGGUCUGGCCAGUGGGAUCAUUGCAGAGAACCUGUGGAGCUCCUACCUCAGCAAAGGGGAUGUGUUGGAGAAGCGCUCCCUCAGCUCCUCUCACAUCUCACAUCCGUCCUCCGCCCAUCAUCUGUACGUGUUCGCCGACAUCACCACCUCCUUCACACUCCUCGUGGGCAUCUUCUUCCCCUCCGUCACAGGAAUCAUGGCUGGUUCCAACCGGUCUGGGGACUUAAAAGAUGCUCAGCGUUCCAUCCCCAUCGGAACCAUCCUGGCCAUCCUCACCACCUCUAUCGUCUACCUGAGCAGCGUUGUGUUGUUUGGAGCCUGCAUCGAGGGAGUGGUCCUCAGAGACAAGUUUGGAUAUUCGGUUAAAGGUAACCUGGUGGUGGGUACUCUGGCCUGGCCCUCUCCAUGGGUCAUUGUGAUUGGCUCCUUCUUCUCAACAUGCGGCGCUGGCCUCCAAUCGCUGACCGGCGCUCCCCGACUCCUGCAGGCCAUCGCCAAGGACAACAUCAUCCCCUUCCUCCGGGUGUUUGGUCAUGGGAAAGCUAACGGAGAGCCCACCUGGGCCCUGCUGCUGACAGCUCUGAUAGCUGAGCUGGGGAUUCUCAUCGCCUCUCUGGACCUGGUGGCCCCCAUCCUGACCAUGUUCUUCCUGAUGUGUUACCUGUUUGUGAACCUGGCCUGUGCCCUCCAGACCCUCCUGAGGACGCCCAACUGGAGGCCACGCUUCUCCUACUACCACUGGACCUUGUCAUUUUUGGGGAUGACUAUUUGCCUGGCGCUCAUGUUCAUAUCCUCUUGGUACUACGCAAUCGUUGCCAUGGUGAUCGCCGGCAUGAUCUACAAGUACAUAGAGUAUCACGGAGCAGAGAAGGAGUGGGGGGAUGGGAUCCGAGGUCUGUCACUCAGCGCUGCCCGCUAUGCUCUGCUGAGGCUGGAGGAAGGACCACCACACACCAAAAACUGGAGACCCCAGGUGUUGGUGUUACUAAAGCUGGACGAAGACGCCCACGUCAAGUCUCCUCGCCUGCUGACGUUCGCCAGCCAGCUGAAGGCGGGAAAAGGCCUGACCAUCGUCGGCACCGUUGUCCCCGGCAACUUCCUCCAAAGCUACGGAGAAGCUCUCGCUGCCGAACAGACUCUGAAGCACCUGAUGGAUAAGGAGCGAGUGAAGGGCUUCUGUCAGUGCAUCGUUGCUCAGAAGCCCCGCGAAGGCAUCAGUCACAUGAUCCAAUCGAGUGGCCUUGGAGGAAUGAAACCCAACACGGUGGUGAUGGGCUGGCCUCACGCCUGGAGGCAGAGCGACGACCCGACCUGGAAGACCUUCAUCAACACAGUACGGGUGACCACAGCGGCCCACCUCGCCCUGCUGGUGCCCAAAAACAUCUCCCUGUUCCCCAGCAACAGCGAGCCCUGCACCGAGGGCUACAUCGACGUCUGGUGGAUCGUCCAUGACGGAGGCAUGCUCAUGCUGUUGCCUUUCCUCCUGCGUCAACACAAGGUGUGGCGUAAAUGUGCGAUGCGAAUCUUCACGGUGGCCCAGAUGGAGGAUAAUUCUAUUCAGAUGAAGAAGGACCUGGCAACCUUCCUCUAUCACCUGCGCAUCGAGGCCGACGUGGAAGUGGUUGAGAUGCAUGACAGUGAUAUCAGCGCUUACACCUAUGAAAGGACGCUGAUGAUGGAGCAGAGGUCUGAGAUGCUCAGACAGAUGCGACUAUCUAAAUCAGACCGGGCGAGAGAGGGAAACCCUGGUAGCAGCAGCAGUAGGCCAGAGGCAGGUGGAGCUACAAGGUCUCAGGCCCAGCUGGUGAAAGACCGGAACUCCAUGCUACGUCUGACGAGCAUCGGGUCCGAUGACGACGACGACACCGACGGCGGAGAGCGAGACCGAGCGGCCAGCGGCGGCGGCAGCUCCGAGCACCACCGCCGCGUUCAGAUGACCUGGACCAAAGAGAAGACCUCACAGUACCGAGCGACACACUCCGGAUGCUCCACGCCCGAAGGCUUCAGAGACAUGCUGAGCAUCAGGCCGGAUCACUCCAACGUCAGACGGAUGCACACCGCUGUCAAACUCAACGAGGUCAUCGUCAACAAAUCCCACGAUGCUCGGCUCGUCCUGCUCAACAUGCCGGGACCUCCGAGGAACACCGACGGAGACGAGAACUACAUGGAGUUCCUUGAGGUCCUGACAGAAGGUCUGGAGCGUGUCCUGCUGGUCAGAGGAGGAGGAAGUGAGGUCAUCACCAUCUACUCCUGAUUGGACGAACACCAGGAAACCAGCAGGAGCAAUAAAAAAAACAAAAAAACAAGCAGCCGGUCAUGCAGAAGUGAGACAAGGGAUGAGGCGGAGUCUGGGAGCUCAGUGAGCGUCAGCCCAGAAAGAGAGACUGUCAUUAGCUGCAGCGUCGGUCGUCAUGCCAACACCCCCUCAGCCCCCCCCCCCCCCUUUCAUCUCCACACUUUCCUGCUGUGAUAGCAGUUUCUAUUAAGUCCACACAAAACGUCAACAAACAAAACACCUGAGAGAGAGUGUGUGUGUGUGUGAGAUUGAAGGGACAAGCCUUGUUUUAGGAGCGAUUGUGUUUUUUUUUCGUUUGUCUACUGACUGAGAAUCCGUGCUAAAUGUGUGAAGCGUCCCUGAACCGAGCGUUUGUUUGUUUCUCUGACGAGACUCAGGGUUGCUCUUAGAAUGUAUUCUGGAAGCAGGUGUGAGUUGAGCAUCGCCUGAAUGUUGUUUUAGUCGUUUUUAAUUUCCUUUUAAUGUCAUUUUUGAAGACAUGGAAACGUUUAUUCCAGUCUGGAAAAGUAACACAAUGUUGUUGGGUGGAGAGGAGCCGUUUUUCUGCACCUUGUUCACGGUUAUGUUGAAAGAACCAAAUGGAAACGCUGGAGUUCAGCCUGCAUGUGAAUAGUUAGCUAGUUAGAGGAAGACGGCGGCUUAGGUGGAGUUUGAAAAGCUGCAGAGAAGAAUUUAGGAAACAGUUGUUGACUCUCUGGACCAUCGAACUGCAUGAGUGUAAAAGUAUGAGUGUUGUUUCAACAUCACCAUGUUUUCAUUCCUUCUAGAGACUAACAUCAGUUCAUGUCCUCAAACUCUACACCUGGAAACACCUGCUGUGUGUCAAUGUGUGUGAAUGUGUGUGUGAGAGCUCGUAGCUUGUUGCUGAGUUCAGGAGCUCCAUUCUGUUUGAUUCCACUCUAAUGCUUUGUUCAUUUCCUCCUUUAUUUUUUACAGUGUUACCGUGCAGGGAUUGUUUUCUGUUUAUUUCCUAAACAUUGUUUUCUUGCUUGUACAUAAAGACAAAAAAGGAUCCCGAGUUUUAUCUUUUUUUAAUUACAUUAAUAUAAAAAGGAACCAUAAAAACUUUGCUUGAAAAAAUAUGGGAAUAAAAUAAAAGCAGUUUUGAAAGAAA